CGGCAGGCGGGAGGGAGGGAGGAUAUAUCAAGUCUUGACAUGUUCAGUUUAAGCCGUAUGAGUUUAAAUUUCUGCAUAAACGUUUGCGGGUGCUUGCCUGAGUGUUUUGACUCGUUAAAAAUUGUUUAAGUUGGUGCCUUUAGUUCGUGAAUAUUCAAGGUAUACUAUAAGCAUCAGGACAGAAAAUUACACAUAAUACAAGAUGUCGAGAAUAAAAGACCUCGAGAUUCGAGGCAUACGAAACUUUGGGGACGAAAGAGCAAAAGUACUUAUUCAUUUUUCCAAACCUCUAACGUUGAUUCUUGGACCAAAUGGAACCGGCAAAACAACGAUCAUCGAAGCUCUCAAAUUCGUCACCUCUGGAGAGUAUCCGCCGGAUUCUGACAGAGGAAAAUCCUUUGUACAUGAACCAAAACUCACUUUAAAUCACACGGUACGAGGUCAAGUAAAAGCCAAAAUUUUGGAUAAAUCAGGUCAAGAACUUGUCAUUAUUAGAACUAUGCAGGUAUCGCGCCAAAAAACUGGAGCUCUGAAAUUUCAAGCUUUAGACAACACAAUCACAAGAUUAGAUGCGCGAACCAAAGAUAAAAUACAAAUUACUAAUAGAUGUUCUGACAUUGAUCGAGAAAUGUUAGCUGCAAUGGGAGUUUCUAAGCCAAUCUUGAAUUACGUCAUUUUUUGUCAUCAAGAAGAAUCAAAUUGGCCUUUAGAGGAUGGCAAAAAAUUAAAAGAUCGAUUUGAUGAAAUAUUUGAUACUUCCAAAUACAAUAAAGCAAUGGAUACUAUAACUAAACUCAUCAAAGAUCUGAAUUCAGAAAUAAAUACUUUGAAAGCUCGUGAAGAAGCUUUCAAAGAAAUUCUGAAUGAAGCUGAAGACCAGGAAUCAAAACUGAGGAAUAAUGAACAAAGGGAAAAAGAAGUACAGGAUAAAAUAACUGUAAUCGAUCAAUCUGUGGUACCUCUCGAAGAAAGAAUGAAACAAAUUUUAGAUGUUAAAUCUGAUUACCAGAAACUUGAAGACCAAUUAAAUAAAGUCGAAACUGACUACAAAGUAACUAAUAAUUAUAUUGAAAGUUUAAAAAAACAUAUAAAACAGUUGCACACAGGAUCUAAAGAAGAAUUAGUCGACAAGUUGGAUAGUUAUGAUCAAAAUUUAACUCAAAAAGUUACAAUAAAAAAGAAGUCUGAAGAAAAACUAGAAGAGACUGAGCACUGUGAAAAUACUCUACUUAAAAAACUUGCCGAUGCUAGAAUUAAAUUAGGUUCAUUAACACAGAAAAAAAUCGCAUUUGAUGAAAAGAUUACAAAGCGUAAUGAGCUUUUAAAAAAAGCUUUCAAAACUUGGGAAAUACCUCAAGUUGAUUCAGUCACUGAAGAAGAAGCAAAAGAUUAUAUUGAACGUAUCAGUAGAAAGGUUAAAGAAUUUUCAAUAGCUAUGAAAAAAAGAGCACAAGAAUUUGAACAAGAGGAAAAACAUGUCCAAAGAGAAGUAGAUGCCUGUAGAAGUGAAAAAACAGGAAUAGAUUCAGAAAUGUCACUUAAGGAAAAAGAAAGAGGCGAAAUAAAAUUUGAAAUAAAUACAUUGAGAAAAAAAAUAAAACAAGUAGAUGAAGACGGUGGCAGAUUGGACAGUUUAGAAGCAGACUUGCAAAAUGCUACUGAAAACUUUAAUACAGUUGUUCAAAAUUUUGACGAGAAAUUUAUCAGAGAAACUUUAGAAAGAGAAGCUUCAAAUAAGAAAGAAUUUAAUAACCAGUUAAAUAAUAUAGAUAACGAAAUAAAUUUCUUAAAUAAACAAAGCUCCCAACAAGCUGAAUUAGAAUUGCAUCAAAACAGUUUGCUGAAAAAAGAGGAGGAAAUUUCUGUCUUAAGAAAUAAAAAUGAGAGCAAUUUAAAUUUGUUAUUCAGUAACGCAAUUCCGCAACAAAAAUUGAAAGAUAGCUUAGAGAAAAUUCAAAAGUCAUUGUCUGCAGAAAAGACAAAUUUACUAAAACAAAUUGAAGAAGGGCAGCAAAAAUUUACUACGUAUAAAACAACAUUGAAACACAAAGAAAGUGAGCUAUCCAAAACAGUAUCUGAACUUGAAGCAUGCAAGGAAAAAGUGGCAUUCGAAUGCCAGGAAAAUGACUAUGACGAAAUGUUAGCAUUGCAAGAGAGAAAAGUUAAAGCACUCAAUGAUCAAAGAGGUAUUUAUGCAAGUCAAUCCUCAAUGUAUGAAGAAUAUUUGAAAAUUCUGAAGAAAAAAUCGUGCUGUCCAUUAUGUGACAGAGGAUUUCACAAUUCUUCCGAAGAAAAUUCGUUAGAGCAAAAGUUGCAUUCAGAAAUUAGAAAAAGUCCUCAAGCUUUGAAAGAUUGUGAAAAGGAAUUGAAGCAAGAGCAAGCUCGUUAUGAUGCAUUACAGCAGUUGAAACCUGUGAGAGACCAGAUAAGAGAAAUUGAAAACAAUAAAUUACCCAAACUUAGAACUGAUGUAGAAAAAAUUAAAAAUCAACUUCAAGAUUCCGAACAAAGUUUAGAAACUUUACGUCUUAUAUUAUCGGAACCUGAAGAAAAGUUGUGUAUAUACAAGUCAAUUAUCGGAGAUGUUAUUUUAUUGGAUAGUUACAUUAAUCAAAGGGAUCAUUUAACUCAAACGAUUGAAACUAAGAAGCGCGAAAUGGCUAGAGCGGGUAAAGUUAGCGAUCGAACCAUGCAAGAAGCUCAAGAUGAGCGACAGAAACUCAAAGAUAGGCUUUCUGCUGUUGAAAGAAACGUUGAUAAAGCUCAAUUAGCUCUGCAAAGUGGCCAAGAAAAAGUGAGUAGAGCAAGAGAACAGAAAAAUAAACUGAAUGAGGAAGUAUUAAAAAUCAGACAAGGCCAGCAAGAAUCAAGUCAAUUAAAAGACAAAGUAAAUGAUUUGUAUAAAAAAGAAACUUAUCUCGAAAACUCUUUAAAGUCUUUAAGACAAAAUCUGGUUAUAGCUGAUGAAGAAUUGGAAAGCAAAGUUCAGGAAUUAAAUGAUCUUAAGCGAAAAAAUCGUGAAAAACAAGAAAGCGAUAUGAAUUUCAAAUCUAUUAGUGGAACGGAGUUUCACGAACUAUCAACAGUUCAGAAAGAAGUACAAGAAGUUAUGGCUAGUAAGUUAGAGGAAAAUUUGGAAAAAAUCGAGACAGAUGUUGAAAAAACAAAAACAGAAUGCGAUAAAAUGAAAGCAGAAAAGGCAAGAUUAGAGGAACACAUUCGUUUCUUAGACGAACAAUGUAGAUCUCAAGAAGUGGGGAAGAAAGAUCUUGAAAAUAAUUUGGAUUUAAUUAAAAAACAAGAAUUUAUUAACGACUUGAAUAUUAAAAUCACUAAAUAUCGAACUACGUUAGAGAAUAUGCAAUUUAAUAAAUUAAGAAAGGAAUACCAAGAAUUACAAGAAAAAAAAGACAAAUUUGAGAAAGAGAAAAACGAAUAUAAAGGAGCAUUGGGUGAAUUGGAAAUUGCUAUAAGAAAUUAUAAAAAGAGUUUAAAUCAAGAAAAGUACAGAAUGGCUCGUCACAAUUACAAGGAAAAACAGUUGCAAGUAGUGGUGCAAGAAGAGGCUGUAAAAAAUUUGAAAGAGUACGUGACGGUUUUAGAUAAAGCUAUGAUACAGUUUCACGAAGAAAGAAUGAAUACUGUAAACAAAAUAAUGCGUCAGCUGUGGCAGUUAAUAUAUAGUGGCUCUGAUACAACUUCAAUUCAAAUUAGAGUACAAACUACCGAAGGUAUAGGUGAUAAAAAGCGCUCUUAUAAUUAUAAACUUGUUCAAGUUAAAAGAUCAGCAGAAAUGGAUAUGAAAGGCAAAUGUAGUGCUGGUCAAAAGGUUCUUGCUUCUAUCAUUAUUCGAAUGGCCUUAGCUGAAACAUUUUGCAGCGACUGCGCUGUCCUUGCAUUAGAUGAACCUACGACAAACCUCGAUGACGAAAACGCAACGAACUUGGCCGUUACCUUAUCUAAAGUUAUUCAACUACGUGCGCAAAAUCAUAAGAAUUUCCAGUUAAUUGUUAUAAGUCACGACGAAAAAUUUAUUUCUUCAUUAUCGAAUUUAAGCGGAAAGCAAAUGUUUCAAGAACUUUAUAGAAACCCUGAAGGAUACAGUUUAGUUAAACGUAGAGAUAUGUCAGAUUACAUAAAAAAUAGUUCGCAAAGUGUGGCCGAUGAAGAUUACGAUGAAUCUGAAGAAGAACAAGAACAAGCAAUAGAACCAAAAAAUCCAAAAAAGCGAAAUUUAACUAUGGAUGAUUCUCCUCCACAUGGCCGCGCUGUUAAAAGAAGAGCAUUCCAUUAAUGAUGCUGCGCAUCACGUAACAACAAUCAAAAGCUACGUUAACUUUUAUAUCAUAUAUGUAUAAAAAUAUUUUUUAAACAUGAUGUUAAAAUAUGCUGUGCAUAUUGAAACAAAAAUAUUUAGUUAUUUAAUUUGAAUUAAUUUCACAUAAUGCGUUUUCUAAUGUUGAAUCAACAUUUGUCAACAAUAGAAGUCCUAAUAUAAACAUACAUUGAUGUUUAGAGUUGGUUAAUUUCAGUAAAGUAAGCUAUAUAGAAUUCAAUAAAUUUUGUGCUUCAUGUAUUGCAAAAAUUGCCAGAUUAUAGUUAUAUAAUUAAAAAAAGUUAACAUUUUUUAUCAAAACUUA